AUGGCCGAAGCUCUUCGGGACUGUAUGCUGCAGCAGACGUGCAUGGCAGACGGUACAAAGACGCUCAAGGAGUGUCUGCGUGACCACAAGUACUCGCACGAGUGCAAGGAGUAUCGUGUGGCGUAUUUCGAGUGCAGACGCGGCCAAUUGGACAUGCGGCAGAGGAUCCGGGGCCCUAAAGGAGGGAUGUCGAGGCCCCGUGAGGAAAAGUAG